AUGGGGGGCAGAAAAUUCACUUAUUUCAGCGAUGUUGGAUGCAAACUUAGUAAACUUGACCGAUUUUUAGUCUGUCCAAACUUCAUGUCUGCCUUUACUUCCGCUUCUAUAGUUGCACUGCUAAGAGAACAUUCAGAUCAUUCCCCAAUCCUUCUUAGGACUAAGGUUGCAGAUUUUGGGCCUCGUCCAUUCAGAUUAUUCAACUUUUGGUUGCUUCGUGAUGAUUUUGAUGGUAUUAUUAGAUUGGCAUGGAGUGAUUACAUUGGUGUUGGUGCCCCCGAUAGAUACUUUUCUAAUAAGCUAAAAGUUGUCAAAGAGGCUAUCAGGAAUUGGAGGCGGGUGGAGUUUGACAAAGAAAAUAGAAAACUUCGCGAGUUGAAAGAUUUGGUCAAUAACAUUGAACUAGUUGCUGAGAAUAAACCGCUCACAAAUGUUGAAAUUGAGGAAAGAAGAUUAAACAAACAGCGUAUUCUUGAUUUGGAGAAAUUUGCCAAACUUGACUUGAUUCAAAAAGCGAAAAUCAAGUGGGUGUGUGAUGGAGAUGAGAAUUCUUGGUUUUUUCAUAACUACUUAAAAAUCAAAAAUAGGAAAUGCCAUAUUCAUGGCCUCAUGAUAAAUGGUAUUUGGACCACUGAUGUAGAUGCGAUAAAAAAGAAGGCAUGA